CGUCAUCACGAAUUUGAUCUUGCUGUUGAUGACAAGAAGGCGACGCGUGGUGAACUUUUUUAAUUUUUGAAUACUAUUUAAUAAUGCAUUUUUCUGUUAUUUUGAUUUUGUUAUUUAGUUGUUGCAGCUUAGGAUAUUCGAAUAUCGUCAAUAACAAAGUAGAUCGUAAUAUAGAUAUAGCUUCGCAACUUGUAAAAAUUACUAUAAAACUUACUUUAGAAAACACCGGAAAAUCGCCGGUGUCUACUUUUCACUAUGCACUUGAGCCAGAGACUAGACCUUAUUUGUCAUACUUUGGAGCUUUCCAAAUGCAAGAUGAGGGCAAAGUUUCUUUAAGGAUUGAUGAACUUUCUCAGAAUGAGAACAAAGCUCAUAAAGAUGAAGACACUCAUAGGAUUUACUUCAAAAAUCCUCUGUCACCUGGAAAAAUUACAACUGUACGACUGGAGUUGGUAUUAACUCAUGCACUUGUUCCUUACCCGUCUACCAUAACUCAAACAGAAAAGCAAUUAGUUUUAUACCAUGGAAACCACUAUUAUUACAGCCCCUAUCUUACUAAGACACAAACAACUAGUGUCACCUUGCCUUCAAAUUCUGUUGAGUCUUUCUCUAAGCUGAAGCCUGUAUUACACAGUGAUAAUCUCAUUACUUAUGGGCCUUAUGACAACAUAGGUCCUUAUUCUCUGAACAAAAUGACUAUUCAUUGCGAGAACAAUAAUCCCUUCUUGACAGUAACAAACUUAAACCGAGCUAUUGAAGUUUCCCACUGGGGUGUCAUCUCUAUCGAAGAGGAAAUAGACAUUGCUCACACAGGAGCCAAAUUGAAAGGGGCCUUCUCUCGAUAUGAAUUCCAGCGGGAUCAGAGUGGCAUUGCAUCUGUCAAAGCAUUUAAGACUGUAUUGCCUGCUUCAGCAAGUGAUGUAUAUUAUCGUGAUGAAAUUGGAAAUAUUUCUACGAGUCACUUACGUGUCCUUGAGGAUUCAACUGAAGUGGAGCUGCGACCUCGCUUUCCACUGUUUGGUGGCUGGAAAACCCAUUAUGUUUUAGGAUAUUAUGUGCCUACUUAUGAAUAUUUAUUUAACAGUGGAGACAAUUAUGUUUUGAAAUUGAGAUUUGUUGACCAUAUCUUUGAUGACAGUGUCAUUGAUCAAUGCACAGUUAAAGUUAUUCUUCCGGAAGGCUGUAGAAAUAUUCAAGUAAAAUUACCGUAUCCUGCAAAACGUUUGCCUGAUGAACUGCAUUAUACUUACUUGGAUACUGUUGGACGACCUGUUAUUGUUUUCCAACACAGAAAUCUUGUUGAACAACAUAUUCAAGAUUUUGAAGUGCAUUAUGAAUACAAGAAAUUGCUAAUGUUGCAAGAACCUAUUUUAGUUGUGAUAGCUUUAUAUCUUUGUUUUGUAGUAGUUAUCAUCUAUGUACGCUUUGACUUCAGUAUUACAAGGGAUCCUGCAAAGGAACGCAAACUACGUGUGAUGGGUUACAUUGAUGCAUUUCAUAACCAUUGUACCAACAGAACAGCAAUUUACACUAAAUUUGAUGAAGCUCUAAAAGUGUUCAAGCAAAAUAAGGAUCUAAACAGCUAUCAGGCUACUGUAAAGAAACUGAAUGCUGAGCAUAAAUAUGAAACUCAAGCUAUUGCUGACAUUUUGAUGAAACUAAAACAGGAGGGAUCAGAGGCUGCUGAUAAAGUUGCUGAAAUACAGCGUCAUGACAAGGCAUACAAAGAACAAUUUCAACAACAGACAGUGCUUGUUGAAAGACUUGUUGCAAACAAAAUAAGCAAACAACAGUAUCUGGAUGCAGAUGCUGCAAUAACAAAAAAGAAAGAUGACAUUGUUGAGAAAGUCUGUGCAGUAAUGUCUUCUUUAUAAAGACUCCCAACUAAAUUCAUGUUUUACAUGCUUCAUUUUGUUGGUAUUGCCUUACUUAAUUCAUUCCAUGAUCAAAAAUAUGAAUAGUUGGAAAGUUUUCUGGUACUGUGUUUUCUCUUGGAGAAAACAUAAAUUUAGGUUUAAAAAAAAAAUAAAAGAAUUUUUUGUA